GCCAUUCAGAGGAAAAAGCUGCUGCAGACUGCAGAAGGGGAGCAGGUUGGGCUGGGCUGGUGAUUGCAUCUGGAAGUGCCCAUGACAGAGCUGGUGUCCUCCAGGGGAGGGUCUCCUGCAGGGGACAGAGAGGAGGGUCUGGGGGACGAUCAAGGCCUGGUUAUCCACCACCCAGCAGAGGAACAGUCCCACCGCUGCCCUCUGUGCGGCCAGACCUUCUCCCAGCAGCCCAGCCUGGUGCGGCACCAGAAGGCACACGUGGGGGCUGGUCGCCCUGCCGCCUUCGUGUGUCCAGAGUGUGGCAAGGCCUUCAGCGUCAAGCACAACCUGGAGGUGCACCAGCGCACACAUACCGGGGAGCGGCCCUUCCCUUGCCCCGAGUGUGGCCGCUGUUUCAGCCUCAAACAGAACCUGCUCACACACCAGCGAAUCCACAGUGGCGAGAAGCCUCACCAGUGUGCACAGUGUGGUCGCUGCUUCCGCGAGUCACGCUUCCUGCUCAACCACCAGCGCACGCACGCGCGCAUGCCCACGCCACACCCGCGCCGUCCCGGUGUCUUCGGGGAACGGCGACCCUACUUCUGCCCCCGCUGCGGCAAGAGCUUCGCGCGUGAGGGCUCGCUCAAGACCCAUCAGCGCAGCCAUGGCCAUGGGCCCGAGAGCCAGGCAGCCCAUUUAGACGGUGUUCUAUGACCCCUGGAAGGCCUGCCACCAUCAGCUGCCCGCAAUC